AUGGGUUUGUGGGACGUUGAUGAUUUCGGCAUCAUUGCUGAUAAGGCAUGUUGGUCUAUGUUUGCGAUAACAACAGUGGUGGUCGUACUCAGACUCAUCAGUCGACAGUUCUUUGGCAAAGGAAAUGUUGGUGGCGGCAUCGGUUGGGAUGACUUUAUUACAGCAUUCUGUGUUGUUGUUAUGCUCGUUACGUGCAUCAUGAUCACCAUUGGUACGCACUACGGUCUCGGUCGGCGACUAGACGAUAUCGAUCCUGCUCUCAUUCCUGGCGCGCUGAAAUGGAAUGUCAUCAUCAGCUCUGUGUUGAUCUGGACCUUUUCACUUCCCAAGUUCGCCAUCAUCGCUACGCUGAAGCGCAUCUUGGACUAUGGAUUGAAGACAACGAUACUUUUCUGGGGCCUUGCAAUCAGUUCGCAAGCUUGCAUCCUGGCUACCUCGAUCUGGUGGUACAAGCAAUGUGACCCAGUACAGUUCGGCUGGGAUAGAAGUAUAGAGGGUGGGACUUGUGCUUCUGUGCAGGUCAUGUCCGACUUGGGAUACUUCACUUCAGCCUACUCUGCAUUCUUGGAUGGCUUCUUUGCGCUGUAUCCGAUUCCCUUCAUCAUGCGACUGAACAUGCCGCUAAAGAACAGGAUUCUGGUAUCAAUUGCAUUAGGAUUGAGCUUCCUGGCCUGUAUCCUUUCUAUAUACAAGCUUACCAUCUUUGGAGAGAUCUUUGUGGUACUGGCAGAGAAUCCAACAUACCCCGUUCCUUUCCUUGACAUACUUGGUUUGGGUGAAGGAUGCAUCCUUCUCAUCUGUGCCUCGCUACCUACUCUGGGUCCCCUGUUCCGUUUUGCAAAAGGCAGGAUGGCCACUGCAAACGCCAGUCGUAUAACAGACAGCAGCAAGAAAGACACGCACAGUGGCCAAUCAAAUGGGAGAUGGGACAAGUUGGGAGGUCAACAGGGAGACGAUAUGGAACAUGGAUCUAGUAGGAUUGGCUGCAGCGUCGACGACAUUCCACUUGUAGUGGGCCUAAAUCACGCCACGGAUAACUCGACAAGAAUCCACAAGACGGUUGAGUUCGGUGCAUCACAUGCAGAGCCAGACAAUGAUAGAAUAGGGACUCGACCGGGUGGCUUCCGCGGAUAUUAG